GUUUUAGUAUGCGUGCCCGUGUUCAGAGCACAAUCUAUAACAGAAAUCAUAGAGAUUCGCCUGCUAGGCGGCAUUGUAGAUGAUAAGUACUUACACUUGUGUUCCUACCAGUUCGGCUAAGUGCUGAAGUGUGCCAUAAUCCACCUCUUAGUAGCGAUUCGCGUAGCCUAUUGAGCGGUUUGUUUUCUCCGUUUAUUUUUUGCUUGCAUUCUUUUUUUCGAAAUGGCACUCGAGAACGAUACCAAUAAGUACAUUAUAAGCGGAGGACCCGAACCUCAGAACAUUGCUGAGGGAUGCGGAUCGCUAGGAGCAUUUGUUAGGAAUCGAAUGCGACUGAACGGUAAUGACGUUGCAGUGAUUGACGGUGUUUAUGGUACUGAGUUGCGCUACCUGGAAUUGCUGGAACAGGCCGCCCGUUUGGGAGAAUGCUUACGAUCUGUGGCAGGAGUACAAGUUGGCGAUGUAGUCGGAAUAGUCAGCGAAAAUCGCCUAGAAUUCCCACCGGUCCUGUUUGCCGCAUUCUUUGUAGGAGCAACGGUGGCGCCAAUCAAUCUUACCUACACCGAACGUGAAAUGGAACAUGCAUUCAACCUGUCCAAACCGAAGAUAAUCUUUGCGUCGCCCUUCUCCGCCGAUCGGGUGGUAGCCGCUGCCAAGAGAAACAAACACAUCGUGCAACGUGUUGUUCUGUUCGGCGAGGAAAAUGCCUUCGGACCUGAUGUCACGCUACUCGACGAUUUUCAACGUUCGGUGUCGUUUGUUAAUCCACUGACUUUCUACAUUCCACCGGUGAACGUUGACGAUCAUGUGGCGCUUAUCAUGUGUUCCUCUGGGACUACCGGAUUGCCGAAAGGUGUUCAACUUACACAAGCCAAUUUGCUUGCCAGUAUUGCCCUACUAAAAGAAUCUGAUCGGCUGAUGGAUACGCCGCCUGGUGGAAUGAUUUUACUUGGGGUUCUGCCGUGGUUCCACGCGUUCGGCUGCAUGACCUUGAUUAAUGUGAUUUGCAAUAAGCAGAAGCUGGUGUCGCUUCCGAAGUUCGAGGAGGGUUUGUUUCUCAGCUGUAUCGAGAACUAUCGCUGUACGAUGGUCUUCGUGGUUCCACCGUUAGUUGUUUUCUUGGCCAAGCACCCAUUGGUCGAUAGCUACGAUCUGUCCAGUGUGGAUACUUUACUGUGUGGCGCAGCUCCACUUAGCAAGGAAACGGAGGACUUGGUUAGGCAACGCCUUAACAUACGAUACGUUCGCCAAGGGUAUGGAAUGAGUGAAACUACGCUCGCCACUUUGGUUCAAAGUGGAGAAGUUCACAAAUCAGGUAGCGUUGGAAUGGUACAAGUUGGGACGUUAGCAAAAGUAAUUGAUCCGAAAACGGGCGAGAUUCUUGGCCCGAAUCAACUUGGCGAACUGUGUUUCAAAGGUACCCAAAUCAUGAAAGGUUAUAUUGGAAACGAACAAGCAACUCGUGAUACUAUAGACCCGGAAGGAUGGUUACACACCGGCGAUGUUGGUUACUUUGACGAGGACAAAGAAUUUUUCAUCGUAGACCGGUUAAAAGAACUAAUAAAAUAUAAAGCCUUCCAAGUGCCACCCGCCGAGAUCGAGGCGAUACUGUUGACUAAUCCUAAAAUAAAAGAUGCGGCGGUAAUUGGUUUACCGGACGAAGAAGCUGGCGAGCUUCCGUUGGCGUUUGUCGUGAAGCAGGAGGGUGCAGAAUUGAACGAAGCAGAAAUCAAAAACUACGUCGCUGAACGGACUUCACCCGCCAAACGACUCCACGGAGGUGUUCGAUUCAUUGCCGAAAUUCCAAAGAAUUUGAGUGGGAAAAUUUUGCGGAAAGAUCUGAGAGCGAUGCUUCAGAAGCCAAAAUCGAAGCUUUAAAUGUACAUACUACGACAGUGGGAAUAAUUUCGGAAAUGGGCAACAAAUUAUUUUAAAUGGUGACAAUAAAUUUUUUAACUUUUAA